AAAAGAAAAAUGCAGAAGUGAAAAGUUUAGGGAGAGAGGAAAUAUCGGAGGAGAAUCAGAAAGACAAGACUCAGAGUAGAGGGUGGAUUAAAGAGCAGCCUGCAAUCAUGGCUCCUUGGACGAGGACCACCACAGAGCGGUACGGUGUGGUGAAGUGGAAUUUUGUUGGCAAAGGAGAGAAACAUCUUUCCCUGGAGGUAGGAGACACGGUCCACAUCCAGGAGGUCUGUGAUGGGUGGUACAGAGGAUACUUGGUUCGGAACAGAACCCAACAGGGAGUGUUCCCUGUCAGUUUUGUCCAUCUUAAGGAGGCCAUCGUUGAAAAACGAGGAGAUGAGGAGGUGGUGAUGUCUGCAGAGAUGCCCUUGGUGAAGGAGGUGACCACCACACUGAGGGAGUGGGGAAGCAUAUGGAAGCAGCUAUUUGUGGCCAAUAAAGAGGUGCGUGUGAAGCAGGUUCAGAGGCUGAUGUGGGAGCUGAUGGAGUGGCGUUCUCAGCUCCUGUCUGGCACCCUGCCGACUGACGAAUUCAAGGAGCUCAAGCAGAAAGUUACUUCCAAGAUUGAUUAUGGCAACAAGAUCCUGGAGCUGGACCAGGUUGUUCGAGACGAGAACGGAAACAUCUUGGACCCAGAGCGAGCGAGUGUCAUCAGUCUCUUUCGGGCCCACGAGGAGGCCACAGCCAAGAUCAAUGAACGCAUUAAAGAGGAGCAGUCCAACGUCCAGACAGACCACAGUGGGAUCUCAGCACGGAUCCAGUCCUCCCCCACCCACAGCCUCUACGUCUUUGUCAGGAACUUCGUCUGUCGCAUCGGAGAGGACUCGGAGCUCUUCAUGUCCCUCUAUGAUCCCAACAAACAGUGCAUCAUCAGUGAGAAUUACUUGGUGCGCUGGGGCAGCAAAGGUUUCCCAAAAGAGAUUGACAUGCUCAACAACCUGAAGGUCGUCUUUACAGACUUGGGGAACAAGGACCUGAGCAGAGAGAAGAUUUAUCUGAUCUGUCAGAUAGUGAGAGUGGGCAGGAUGGACCUGAAAGAAACAAACAACAAGAAGUGCACUCAGGGCCUGAGGCGGCCAUUUGGGGUGGCAGUGAUGGACAUUAGUGAUAUCAUCAAAGGGAAGAUUGAAUGUGACGAGGAGAAGCAGUUUUUCAUCCCCUUCUUCCCGGUGGUUGCUGAGAACGACUUUCUCCACACCUUACUGAACAAAGUGACAGCGUCGCGAGGAGACAGUGGUGGCCAAGGUCUAUGGGUCACUAUGAAGGCCCUUGUUGGGGACAUUGUCCAGAUCCGGAAGGAGUAUCCUCACCUGGUGGACCGCAGCACCGUGGUUGCCCGAAAGCUGGGCUUCCCAGAGAUCAUCAUGCCAGGAGAUGUGCGCAAUGACAUCUACCUCACCAUACAGGCCGGCGACUUCGACAAAUACAACAAAACAACACAGAAAAACGUGGAGGUCAUCAUGUGGGUGUGUGACGAGGAGGGCAAAGUCAUACAGAACUCCAUCUGUCUGGGAGCAGGGGAUAAGGCGGUCAGCGAGUACAGGUCUGUCAUCUACUACCAAAUCAAACAGCCCCGCUGGAUGGAGACAUUUAAGGUGGCAGUCCCUCUGGAAGAGAUGCACAGAAUCCAUUUACGCUUCAUGUUCAGACACCGCUCUUCCCAGGAGUCCAAGGACAAGAGCGAGAAGAACUUUGCUAUGGCUUUUGUGCGCCUGAUGAAGGAGGACGGGACGGUUCUGCAGGACGGACUGCACGACCUUGUGGUCUUCAAGGGUGAUAGCAAGCGCAUGGAAGACGUGAGCUGCUACUUGUCUUUGCCAUCAUCCCGCAACCACCACGGUGACCAACACAAGGGGGCAACGGUGAGUCGCAGCUCCAGCAGCGUGUCCGGCAGUGGAGGAGGCCUGUCAGUCAGCUCCAGAGACAGCUUCAGCAUCUCCACCCUGGUCUGCUCCACCAAACUCACCCAGAAUGUGGGCCUGUUGGGGCUUCUCAAGUGGAGGACUCGACCUGAACUUCUCAAAGGAAACCUGGAGAAACUCAAAAUCAUUGAUGGAGAGGAGGUGGUCAAGUUUCUGCAGGACACUCUGGACGCCUUGUUCAACAUCAUGAUGGAGCACUCUCAGACUGACGACUACGACAUCCUUGUGUUCGAUGCCUUGAUAUACAUCAUAGGUCUGAUCGCCGACAGAAAGUUCCAGCACUUCAACACAGUGCUGGAGGCCUACAUCAAGCAGCAUUUCAGUGCUACGCUGGCCUACAAAAAGCUGAUGUCGGUGUUGAAGAGGUAUCUUGAUGUGUCCAGCCGAGGAGAACAGUGUGAGCCCAUCCUCCGAACCCUCAAAGCCCUCGAGUACAUCUUCAAGUUCAUCGUUCGUUCACGCAUGCUCUACUCCCAGCUGUACGAGGGGAAGGAGCAGGCGGAGUUUGAGGAGUCACUGAGGAGCCUUUUUGAGUCCAUCAACAACUUGAUGCGGACAGACUACACCACCACGCUGCUGCUCAGGGUUGCAGCUCUGAAGUACCUGCCAACUGUCCUCCACGACGUUGAGAAAGUAUUUGAUGCCAAACUCCUCAGUCAGUUGCUGCAUGACUUCUAUGCCUGCAUCCCCCCUGAGAAACUCCAGAAACAGAAGGUGGCCUCCAUGACUGAAAUUGUCAGCAGCCAACUCUUCCAGAAACAAGAGUGCCGUGACGUGUUGCUACCCAUGAUGCUGCGGGAGCUUAGCGGGGCGCUGGCCAGUAUGGCUGAUGGGCCUCAUGAUGAGAGAAGAAAUAGCUUGGAGCUGCUCAACAACAUUCUGGAGGUCCUCAGCAGGGACAACGUGGGGGAAACAUUUCAACACAUCCAGGACAUUGUGGUGUCGCUGCUGAGAAUCAUAAACCGGACAGUCAUCACGAUGGGUCAAGAACAUGCUCUGAUUUCUAGGGUUGUUGCCUGCAUGACGGCUAUCCUCAGUCAGAUGGAUGAUCGUCACUAUGACACAUACAUAGAAACCUUCGCUGGGUCACGUGAUCUUGUGGACUUCCUGAUGGAGUCGUUCCUGCUUUUCAAGGCCCUGAUUGGGAAACAUGUGUAUCCCUCUGACUGGAUGGCCAUGAUCAUGGUACAGAACAGAGUGUUCCUGAGAGCCAUCAACACAUACGCCGACACAAUGAACCACAAGUUCCUCAAUAACGAUGACUUUGAAGUGCAGUUGUGGAAUAACUAUUUCCACUUGGCGGUGGCUUUUAUUACCCAGGAGUCUCUGCAGCUUCAGCAUUUCUCUCCAACCAAGAGGAACAAGAUUCUAGCCAAAUAUGGCGAUAUGAGAAGCCUCAUUGGCUUCGCUAUUCGAGACAUCUGGUACAAACUAGGCAGUCACAAGAUCUGCUUCAUCCCUGGUAUGGUGGGUCCCAUCCUGGAGAUGACUCUGAUCCCUGAGGAAGAGUUGAGGAGGGCCACUAUUCCCAUCUUCUUUGACAUGAUCACCUGUGAACAUGCUCAGUAUGGAAACUUCCAAAAGUUUGAGAAUGAGAUCAUUCUGAAGUUGGAUCACGAGGUGGAGGGUGGAGGAGGAGACGAACGUUACAUGCAACUACUGGAGACCAUCUUGUUGGACUGUGCUGCCCAGAAACCCACGCUGAAGCCCCAGGUGCAGCACUUUGUCUCCUUGGUGAAGGGACUCCUCAUUCGUCUCCUUGACUACCGCACCGUGAUGAGCGAUGACAGCCGCAACAACCGCAUGAGCUGCACUGUCAAUCUUCUGAACUUUUACAAGGACAUCAAUCGUGAAGGGAUGUACAUCAGGUACCUCUACAAACUGAGGGACCUUCACCUGGAGGGUGAAAACUACACGGAGGCAGCUUAUACCCUGCUGCUGCACUCUCGUCUGCUCAAGUGGUCAGAUGACAUGUGUAGCCCCCAGUUUGAACUCCAUGGCUCCCAAACCCAGCGGCAGCUCAAAGAAACGCUCUACGACACCAUCAUCGACUACUUUGAUAAGGGCAAGAUGUGGGAAGAGGCCAUCACUCUGUGUAAGGAACUAGCAGAGCAGUAUGAAAAUGAGAUCUUCGACUACGAGUUGCUCAGCAAGAGACUGGAGAAACAAGCCAGGUUCUAUGAGAAUAUCAUGAAGAUCUUGAGGCCUAAGCCGGACUACUUUGCAGUGGGAUACUAUGGACAGGGCUACCCUCCAUUCCUCAGGAACAAGGUGUUCAUCCACCGUGGUAAGGAGUAUGAGCGCAGAGAGGACUUCCAGAAUCACCUCAUGAGUCAGUUCCCCAGUUCUGUUCGCCUCAACACGACCACCAUGCCAGGAGAGGAUAUCAGGAACUCUCCACUUCAGUAUAUGCAGUGUUUCACAGUGCAGCCCGUCCUCGAGAUCCCUCCUCGCUUGAAGAACAAACCUGUUCCUGACCAGAUCAUCAACUUCUACAAGUCUAACUACGUGCAGCGAUUCCACUAUUCCAGACCUGUGAGGAAAGGACCUGUGGACCCAAACAAUGAGUUUGCUUCCAUGUGGAUUGAGCGCACAACCUUCACCACUGUGUAUAAGCUGCCUGGGAUCCUGCGCUGGUUUGAGGCUACUGACAUGAAACAUACUACCUUGUCUCCACUGGAGAAUGCCAUAGAGACCAUGGAGUCCACAAAUGAGAAGAUUCUGACCAUGAUUAACCAGUACCAGGCUGACUGGAGCCUUCCCAUCAACCCUCUCUCCAUGCUGCUCAAUGGCAUCGUGGAUCCAGCUGUAAUGGGCGGCUUUGCCAAGUAUGAGAAGGCAUUCUUUACCGAAGAAUACAACCAGCAGCACCCGGAGGACAGAGACAAACUGCUGCGGCUCAAAGACCUCAUCGCCUGGCAGAUCCCAUUACUAGGUGGAGGAAUCUCCCUCCAUGGAAAGAGAGUGACAGAUGACCUGCGUCCUUUCCAUGACCGCAUGGAAGAAUGUUUCAAACAGCUAAAGAAGAAAGUGGAGAAAGAAUACGGAGUGAGAGAGCUGCCCGAUUUGGAUGAGAGAAAGUCCACUCGUCCUCGCUCCAUGCUGCGCUCCAUUCGUCAGUCCAUCAUCUCCAUUUCCUCUCUGCAAGGAUCUGAAUGUGGGACUCCAACCAAGACCCAUGCAGACAGGGACCUCCCUCCUGAGUCUCCGAACUCCUGGACCUCCAGCCUGCAGCGUUCCAGCGGCAGUGUUAGUGUAAGUACGGUGGAGGAGGGAGUGGUGACGGUGGGCGAUGCAGAGGUCAAAAUGAGGAAGAGUAAGAAGAAGAAGAAAAGGAGCAGCAUGAUCUUCAUCUCAGAGGAAAGAGAAAGGACAAAUACGCUGGACUGCAAACGGCUGUCCAAGAAACAGGAGUUCCGCAGUGACACCAACUUGUCUGAGCCAAAUGAAGGAAAUGUGUUGCUGACCAAUGCCAAUUCCAGAUCCCUGCCUGCCAUCACCGGUCUGUCCUUGGCAGUGAUUGGAGGGACCGAGGAGGUGGACACCUCCAGGGCCAGGAGAGACAGUAAGAGCAUGUCUGUCUGUGGGACCUCUGACCGGACAGCAGACAGACGUUCAAAGGGCGUCAUUAAUCUGCUCUUCAAGUCCAAGAGCUCCAAAUCAGAGGAUACAAAGCACAGCGAUCCAGCCAAAGACAGUGGCAAUCAUUUCUGAAGUACCUUAUUUUAACCUCCUAUUUCCUUCACUGAUUUAAAGGAAUUUUAGUUUUUUUGUUUUUUUAUACAAAAAGACCUAAACCUGCCACCAAAACCAAAAUAAAUCACUCAGUCUGCUUGUGAGUCUCAGUAUUGCUGUUGCCUUAAUAUAAUUGAUUUUACCUAUCAAUAAAGGCUAUUUUUGUUGAGUGAC